AUGAUGUCCUACAGGAUGAGACUUGUUGGGAUCUGCAACGGAUUGGCGCGCUUUUCGGAGCUCCAGCUCGUACGCCACAACCACUAUCUUUCCAGUGUACCUUUGAAAAAGAGAGGAGUGGAUGGACUUUUGCCAAAAGAUUACCUUAACAACAAAGUCUUCGAUUUUCCUUUUUCUAGCUCGAAGUUUCACUUUCCAGGCUGUAGUAGUUUAUUUUUCGGCUGGAUGGUGUGGAUCUUGCAAACUUCUCACCCCCAAAAUCAAGGUCAUCAAAAAUAGAAGUUCGUUCCUUACUUUCGCAAAUUUAGAAGUUUUAUGAAGCGGUGAAAUCAGACGGAACUCUGGAAGUUGUGUGGGUUUCACAAGACAAAGAGGAAUCCCACCAACUCGAGUAUUACGAAAAGAACCUGCCUGAAUGGUGCUUCGUCCCUUUCGCGGAUCCCAACAUGAAGUUCGUAUUUUAAUAUUGAAAAAUAACUUCUCAAAAAGGAUCGCUCCGACAUAGGAAAACCCAGAAGGAUUCCGUUAAACCUUCCAAAAACUUUGAAAAUUCUGAGAAAUUUGUUCAAAUAUUCGGAAUAUUACACUAGAUCACUUUUAAAGGGCUUUUCAUCUUUUCAAGAUAGUGUUAUUUUAAUUCAAAGUUUUUCUGCACACAAUUCAUUCUUUUUUCUCAGAAAACUCGCUGAGAAGUACAAGGCGGCGGUAAUUCCAGUGCUGAAAUUAGUGAAUGAAAAGGGCGACGUCGUGAACGAUCGUGUUCGCGCCGAUAUUGAGGUUUUCCUAUAUGAUUUCUUGAUCAUCACAGUGAUUUGUUAUCUUAGUCCGCCAUCAAAGCGAAUCCCAUGGAAACCUACAAAAAGUGGAAGGAACUCGUCGGUAUUUGAAUUUUUGUACAGUGUAUUAUCUUUAAUAAAUCUAAUAGAGCAACUUGAAAUUUAUGAAGAGUUUCGAACGAAUGAAAUUUGAAUUUGAAUUUUCCUUUUCAUGCUCACCAAAGUUGGUGCUUCUGAAGAAUCGUGUUUGCGGAAAUUAUAAGUAGAAUUCAAUUUUUCCAAAAAGAAAAUUUAAAAACUAUGAUCCCGCCUUGAUUGGACCUCCAAGAAACAAAUAGCGCCGUCGAGUCAAACGCCGAUGUAAAGGUCCCCUUGGGCGGAAUUCGUCCUGAGGAUUUAUGGCUUGAAGGACGACAUCUUUGCCCCUAAAGUGAGUCAUUGGCGGUCGGAAGCGUCGUGAGAUGCGAACCGCCGAUAACGGCUUCCUCCUUUGUUAAGCUAUGCACGCCGCGGCUCCCAUCUUCUCCAACUACAUAUCUUUUCCGAGAGAAAGAUGAAACGUUCCUUGGCGCUAGUUCAACUUUCGAUACAGAAACAAAUAACUCCCAUUUUCUUUUCGUUUUUCAACCAGUCAAAUAUGGAAUAAUUCAGCUUGCAAUGGGAGACAUGAGAAUAUCUCGUAAUGAAAAUUGAAGACAAGUUUUUUUUUACUCUAAACUUAAUUAAACAUGAAAUAUGUUACAAAAUCAAUUUCCUUUCAACAUUUUUGAAAACUAAAGUGAUUUUAAUAACGAGGUGUAUAAUAGACCUAACUAAUUUCAUCUUUUUUUUUGUAGAAAUAUUCUUGCUAUGUGAUUACUCAUUUGAAAUUCCCCUUUUCCAACAAUGGAUUUCAAAAGAGUAUUUUCCCUCGAGAACGACUCGAAUACCAUAGAAACGAUUUAGGAUUGCGUAAGCGGCAGUUGAUUUGCAUAAAAUGGGUCGCAGUCGGCCAGUGUUCGGCAGGACCACAACACGUCCCUCGAGACGUCGGAAGACGUGAAAUUCUUGGCGACUUGGCCGGACAUGUCAAGUGGCUCCGUCCUAACGAGUUCAGCUUGAAACAUCUCAAGUGA